AUGAGUUUGGAGAGCAAAACCCCGCGACGGCGUCGGCGAGACGAGAACCUCGGCGCCGCAGGAAUUCCGCGCGGACCUUCGGGAAAACUCCUGGAAAACCUCGUGUACGGCUCAGAUGCCAAAGAUGACCCAUCUAAUCCUUGUCUUUUAACUUGCAGCUUUGUGUUGUUCUUGGAAAGUUUCGCACCACUUGUGAAUUCCCUGAACCUUGGCCUUGCCAGCCCCUUUGUGUUGGGCCCUCCUCCUUUUCAGCUUGCCCAAAUUAAGACCCACUUGGCUCUCCAGCAUUUGGCUGCCAGCGGCGGGCAGGCACCUCCCCACGCUGGCGUCCACCAGGCAUUGCUGAAAGACGCAAUGUUUAGCCCCAGAGGAACCUUGCCCCCGAGGCCCAGAGGACCCAACCCGUCGGGCACCAAAGCCCCGGCAGCUUUCGGGGCCGGAGGCGCGGCGGGGCCGCCCAGGAAAGCCGCGCCCGCGACGCCCCAAGCAGCGCCCCAAAGAUCCUCGGGGCAGGACGCGCAGCAGUGGACGGGAUCGCAGAGGAUCAACGUCCGCGUCACGCUGCACAGGGCCGAUCCCAGGAAAGUCAAGGAGAAGAGCAGCCUGCACCAGGAGCAGAAGGGAGACCCACGUGCCAAUCGCUGGGAUGGCAGCCCCGGCACCGCUGGGCCGAAGCCGCCCGGCCCGGCGCCGGUCUUGGAGCAGAAUUCCAACCCCCAGAACCGCUACACGCCCGAAAGCGCCUCCAGCAUUUUAGCGAGCUUCGGUUUGUCCAACGAAGACCUGGAAGAGCUGAGCCGUUACCCCGACGACCAGCUGACACCCGAGAACAUGCCGAGGAUCCUGCGGGAGAUCCGCAUCCGGAAGCUCGGCCACGCCGUGCCCGGCCUGCACGCUCCGAACCGCGGUGACGAGCCGGCGGGCGACAGCGGCAGCACCGCCGUCAAGGGCAAGGUGAUCGACUACGGCCACGCCAGCAAGUACGGCUACACCGAGGACCCGCUGGAGAUCCGCACCUACAACCCCGAGCCGCUGCCCGAG